AUGCCGCCCAAGAAAGCCACUGCCGCUGCGCCCAGCCCGUUGGGUGAGGCUGACGCGAACCGCGUCGUGGGCCAAAACACGGCCGCAAAGCCCGCCGAGAAGCCGGCGCCAAAGUCCCGCAAGCGCAAGUCGGACGCCGCUGCCGACGGUGAUGGUGACACCGGCGCCGCUGCGCCAGCUCCUAAGAAGCAGGCAACCAAGAAGGCUGCUGACAAGAAGGAUCCCCUCCCGGACCUCUCUGAAAUCCAGCUCCCGGGUGACGGUGAGAUGAAAGUCCCCGUCUUCGACACCUGCGACAUAGUCCGCACCAAGAUCCGCGCCAUCCUUCAAAAAGAAGGCGUCACAAAGGCAGCAUUCCUACGCGCCAUCGUCAAGGCCGCGUACCCCGCUAGAUCGGACCACAAGGUCGCUCCCAACUUGCUCACCAAUUUCAUGAACAAGAAGGGACCCGCGUCUGGCAACACCAGCAGUGUCUUUUAUGCGGCCUACGUCUUUUUUGAGAAGCUUCGUGUGAGGGAUGGCAAGCCCAAGACCAAGAAGAGAGAGGAGAUGGAGAACGAGUGGCCUAAUGGCAUGGACACCGAGCAGCAGUUGGACGGUUGGGUUAUUUGCCUUGCUGGUGAGAGGCCUCAUAUUGACAAGUAUGGCAAGACUCGUUUCUAUUAG